AUGAACCCAAACGAUGACUUGGAAAAGCCGCUCAUGGCAAGAUCUUGCGAUAGCGAACAAUCCGAAUCCUCCACGCUCUUAGAACAUCGAACAAUCGGACUCCAGGAAAGGAUACAAGCAAGAAUACGUUGGUCUUUGUACCUUCAGAUGGUAAUCCUGUUCAUCACAGUAUUGACGUGGAUAUCUUUGUUUCUCUGGAACCAAAAGGAUAGAGGAAUUUCUCCAUUCGCUUUAAUCGAGAGAGGGCACUGUGGCUGGUCUGUGGAAGAAGCUAAAGCUAAUGAUUGCGUUUACGACAUCAUGAUGUCUUCUUGGAUGCCGCGGCCAUGCUAUGACGAAGAACUGUCCGAGGGCUUCCUGAGAGCCAACAACUUUACAUAUUGGACAUCAAAUCAAGGGGGAGAAGAAGUUUCCGAAGCAGAGGUUAAGAAGGGAGAAUUUGAUAUUCUUUUCACUCAUGGGACGUAUCAUCAUCAACACUGCAUCUAUCUUUGGAAGUUGCAAAUGAAGGCACAAAAGUCAGCUGUUAGGGUUCUUGAUUCUAUCUCAAGAAGUCAAGCACAUAUCGCACAUUGUCAAAAGCUCUUGACACCUGACUUCUCGCCGCACACUUUGUAUCAGCUACAAUCAAAGACUGGGACACCUAUACAUGUGAAGCCAAAGCGACAAACUUGUUGGGAAGGGUAG